UUUCAGGAUUGAAGUGGAUCUAGCGACGAAUGGAUGACUGAAUAUUCAUAUGAAGAGGAAAGCCAUAAAAGACAUCAGCGCCUUUGAGAACAGAAUGUUAAUGCUUGAUGGGAUGCCGGCAGUCAGAGUCAAAACAGAGCUGCUGGAAUCCGAGCAAGGGUCUCCAAACGUCCACAACUACCCAGAUAUGGAAGCUGUACCCUUGUUACUAAACAACAUGAAGGCAGACCCCGUGGAAGAUUCAUUAUCUACAGACCAUUUCCAAACACAGACUGAACCAGUGGACUUGUCAAUAAACAAAGCCAGGUCAUCCCCUACAGCAGCUUCAUCUUCACCAGUUUCCAUGACAGCAUCAGCCUCCUCCCCUUCUUCUACUUCUACUUCUUCCUCUUCUAGUCGGCCAGCUUCAUCACCCACAGUAAUAACAUCAGUAUCUUCAGCAGCAUCUGUACCAUCAGUAUUAACUCCAGGUCCUCUUGUGGCCUCUGCGUCUGGUGUUGGAGGCCAGCAGUUUUUGCACAUUAUCCAUCCAGUACCACCUUCAAGCCCCAUGAACUUGCAGUCCAACAAAAUGAGUCACGUGCACCGUAUCCCCGUGGUGGUACAGUCGGUACCUGUUGUCUAUACAGCUGUGAGAUCACCUGGGAAUAUGAACAACACUAUAGUAGUACCACUAUUGGAGGAUGGGAGAAGCCAUGUCAAAGCACAAAUGGACCCCCGAGGCCUAUCUCCCAGACAAAUUAAAAGUGACAGUGAUGAUGACGACCUGCCAAAUGUGACCUUAGAUAGCGUUAAUGAAACUGGAUCUACAGCACUCUCCAUAGCCAGAGCAGUACAAGAUUCAAUUUCACCAUUCAGUAUUGAGAGCACAAGGCGUCAGAGAAGGUCCGAGUCUCCAGACUCCAGGAAGCGGCGCAUCCAUCGGUGUGAUUUUGAGGGAUGCAACAAAGUAUACACAAAAAGUUCCCACCUGAAGGCUCACCGGAGAACACACACAGGCGAAAAACCCUACAAAUGUACCUGGGAAGGCUGCACCUGGAAGUUUGCUCGCUCCGACGAACUGACGAGGCAUUACCGCAAGCACACGGGAGUGAAGCCAUUUAAGUGUGCAGACUGUGACCGCAGCUUUUCCCGCUCAGAUCACUUGGCGCUCCACCGCCGCAGGCACAUGCUGGUUUGAGAAACGCUACCCGUUCCAGCCGAGUUUAAGAGCUGGGUCUCUUAACUACCCGGAGUGAAUUCAGCAGGGCUGAAUCCCCUUCUACAGUGUUAACAGACAGGGCUUUCUCUGAUGUCCGUAACAAAAAAAUAGUAACAGAAAUUUAAAAAAGCAGGAAAAGAAGUGCCACUCUUCUCCUCGCCAUCUGAAGUUAACCCUGUCUGCCCCUCAGCAUGGCUACCCC